AGUGCGUCAUAACAUAGUCGUCAAACUGCCUGCGUUGUAAGUGCUUCAGCGACAGAUCUACCGUCAAGAUGGUGAAGCAGUUCUCAGGCAAGAAGUACGAACUGGAUGUCGCCAGCCAGGAGAACAUGGACGCCUUCCUGCAAGCCGCCGGUAUCGCCGAGGCGGACAGACGGAAGGAAAUACUGGGCCACAAUAUGACUAUCGGUGUGACGGUGAACGGCGACGAGUACACAUUCAGCUUGGAAGCAGCUGGCCGCAAGUUUGACACCAAGUGCAAGCUGGACGAGGAAUUCGACGAGACGUUAUGGGACACCACGACGCGCAGCAAGUACUCCAUCAAGGGAGGCGACACCGUGGUGCACUGGUCGCGCUACCCAGACGGCAAGGUCAUCACUUCCGAGACCAAGUACUCUGCCGACAAGGCUCUGCAGACGAUUACUCUUGGUGAUGUCGUGGCAAAGAAGACGUUCAAGGCCAAAUGAGUUGGUAAUCAGAAGAUCCAUUGUGGUGAUACUUCACCUCCACAUUCAGUGCAAUCGUUGAUGCAGCUAUUCAGCACAGUUCAAAAUGACAGUUUUAGAAGUUACCUACCGUAACUUAUUGUAAAACAAUUUUAAUAAGAUGCCAGCCAACUGAAUUAUUGUGUUUCAUUACUUUGCAGUCUUGUCAGAUUCAAGACAUAGAGGCACUUGUUCCUAAUUAAUUGUAAUAUUUAUCUCUUAUAAUGUACUUUACAUAUAACUGAAACACAUAGUACACAUUCCUAAAAAUCUGAGAAGUGAUGAAUCCUGAGAAAAAGUUAAGUACCUUGUAUAUGUAGUUGAUCAAUAUACCCAGAUUAAUGAAUUACUAAACAAAUUAUCAGAUAUACCAAGAAAGAUGAAGUUUUUGCCGAACACAUAUUUCCAGUAGCUUAAAUAGUUUUAGUGAUAAGAAGGAAUAUAUGUGAUAUAAACAAUAUUUAAAACAAAAGCAAUCUCUUCCUCAUCAUCCAUGCACAGAUGAAUAUAUCUUUUCCAUGUUUAUCGUUAGAUAUAUUUGAAAGGUAUCACUAUUUACCUGUAUGUCGUAUUUCGAAAAUCAGAUCCAUUCUUCAAAUCUUAUAAACCUUAUUCUGCACAUUAUUUUGCUGUGGUGUCGAAAUUAUAUCCGCAAUGUUUUAAGAAAUUACUAAAUGGCCCCCUAAUUUUAUAUACCAUUAUAUUACUGAGAUUUGACCACCGUUUUAAAAUGGCACA